AAUUGCUAAAAUUGAUUUCUGUUUGUAAAGUUAUUAAAAAAUUUUUUUACCCUUAAAAAACAAUUUUGUGAAAUUUUAAAAUUAUUAUAAUAAUUUUGUUCAUGUGAUUUAGAUGGUGUUGUAUUGAUUUUCGUUUAAUCAAAAUUUUACUUUAAUAUGACAAUUCAUCGCAAUAUUUUAAAGCAGAAAAAUAAGCCGUUUAAAAAUUCUAAAAGUAACAAAGUAAAAAAAAACUUUUCCACUUCUGCUGUUCAAAAGAUAUCUCCAAUUCUUAGUAGGAAGAAUAAAAAAUACCAAAUAAUUUCUAAGAAUAAGAAGAUUCGCUUGAAUUUGCAAGAGGAAUCUCCCAGAAACGUGUUCGUCCUUCCCUUCCACUCUGAGAUUAAUUCUUUUGAAGUUAUCAACGCUCUCUUAUCGUUUCAUUCAUCAAAUUCUUCCGCUAAAUCCAGUUAUUCUAAGGACGGCUGGUUAUUAUCGCAACCAAUAUUGUUGAAUCAAGCCUUUACUCACGACGGUAUUCCUCGUCGUUUAAUUUUCUACACAUGUCCUCGAAACCUCACUGACAUUCUCUACUCUGCGUCCGCUUCUGAUAUUAUUCUCUGCCUAUUCAGAGGUGCUUCUCAAGAUUCACCAGCUUUCGACGAGCUAGGGUAUAGAAUAUUGAGUUCUUUGAGGUUACAGGGCAUUCCAUCUCCGGUUGGAGUGAACUUUGAGUCUGCUUUACCUGGGGACCGUCAGCCCAGUUCAACUCUUGUUCGUCGUUACUUUCAUUCAGAAUUCGGAUUAGACAAAAAAUUUACUUCUGUAUUUUCUGAGAAGGAUUUACGCACAGUUUUAUCACUAAUUGGCUGUGUUUCAACUUCAGAUCUCUCAUGGCGUAGGGAUAGGGGAUACAUGUUAUCUCUAAACCACACUUAUGAUUCUGAUAAGAAGGAAUUAGUUCUCGAGGGUUAUGUCAAGGGUUUAGGGUUUACUGUAAGGCACCCUGUUCAUCUGACUUCAUUUGGAGAUUUCAUUAUUAAGAAGAUUGAUUUACUGUCUGACAUAUGCCCAGCCAGUACAAACUCCUCAAAGAUUUCAGUUGAAAAAACGGUUGAGGAACUGCAUAAUGAGGAUUUAUCACAACUCCUGUCAGAAUCUGAGUGUUUAAAUUACGUUUCACAUGAAAAUUCUAAUUCUCUCGACAUUUCCAAUAAUGUUCAAAAUUUGAACAACUACUUAAAUGAUGGUAAUCAUUUUCAUGAAGAUUUUAGCAGUAAAUUGAGGAUUAACAAGAUCUCCGCAGAAGGUGAAUUGUUACCUGAUGACAAUGAGAUGGAUCAGGACACUUAUUAUGACUAUGAUAAUGGAAGUGAAGGUUCUGUAUUAUCUGAUGAAUCUGAUUUUGACUUGGAUGACAUUUUGGAAACCUCUUCAAACUCCUCUAAGAAAAUCGAAUUUGAGCAGAGAUCACUUGAGGAACUCUCUUUCCCAGAUGAAGUUGAUACCCCAGUUGAUGUUCUUGCUAAAGAUAGAUUUCGUAAAUAUCGUUCUUUGAAGAACAUUCGUUCUUCAGUGUGGGAUCCUUAUGAGUCUCUGCCUAUUGAAUAUUACAAAAUCAACGAGUUUGAGAAUUUUCGGGCCACCAUGAGCUCAUCAAAAACUCAGUUAAAAAAAAGCUGUGAGAUUACAAACGUUUCCGGUUCAUUUAUAAGCCUUACGCUCGUUAAUUUCCCCCCCGAAGAUUAUGCCACUUUAUCAUCUAGUUCCCGUUUUCCUCUCGUUUCCACGAUUUUACCCUACGAACGCAAAGUUUCAGUUGUCAAUUUUAACGUGGCUCGUACCUCUGAAGGACCUGAUUUGCUCCCCUCAAAAACUCCUCUUAAUCUCUUCUGUGGUUUUCGGAGAUUUCCCUCAAUUCCUAUUUACAGUAAGAGUAUUAAUGUUGAUCGUGGGAAGCGAGGUCUUUAUGAUCGUUUCUUCAAGAAAGGCGACAAUUGCGUUGCUACCAUCUAUGGAUUGUCACUUUGUCCACCUACCCCAGUAUUAGCUCUCGAUCAAAACGAGACUGUUUUGUUUGGAGGCCAUGUUUCAGGUUCUGAGCCUUGUAGAAUAAUUAUGAAGAGGAUACUUUUAACUGGUUAUCCCAUGAAAGUACACAAACGACGUGCCAUCGUUCGUUACAUGUUCUUCAAUCCUUCUGAUAUCAAAUACUUUAAACCUGUCCAACUAUUUACCAAGAAGGGUCUUCGUGGUAAGAUUUUACAGUCUUUGGGUACUCACGGCCAUAUGAAAUGUCUUUUCAGUGAUUUCAUCACUCAAGAUGACAUUGUAUGCUUACCAUUGUAUAAACGCGUUUUCCCCAAAUGGAACCCUCAUACCUGGACCAAACAACUCUAAUAUCAUUUUCACACUA